CUCUCUCUCUCUCGCUCUCUCUCUCCCUCCCUCCACCUCUGUGCUGGUGAUGCUCGUGUCUCUUUUCUCUCCGUCCGGCUCGUCCUCACCUCUCCUGGACGCGCUCCUCUCACACUGCCAGUGGAUGACACACGAGGAGGAAGAGGAGACAAGGAGAAGCUGCUGCCUCCUCUCUCCCAUCUUUCUUUCACUUUGAGACAAAGAAAAAAAAAGAAAGAAAGAGAGAGAGCAGAUCUGAGCAGACCAGAGCAACAACCAAAAGAAAAAGGACAUACAGGAUAUAGAUCCAUACAGACAUAAAAAAGACAGACCCUACUCUUCUCCAUUCUCCUUUUCAAGGAGGGCAUUUUUCUUCCCUUUCCCCCCCUUUCCUUUUCUACCCCGAUUUUUUCCUCUGAGAUCCCGGUUUUGUCAAUUACAGCCCCCUGAACUUCUCUGGGAUUUCAGGUGAGGCGCGCGUGUGUAGUGUGUGGUGGUCCUACAGUUUUUUUUAUUACCUAUCAUGGCUCACGCGGCCUCCCAAUUGAAGAAGAAUCGGGGGGAAGUGGAUGUGAAUGCAUUAGAGGACGAGAAGGAGAAGCGGAGGAAGAGCAGGAGAGCAGCGUCCCGGGAACAAAAGAGAAAGUCUGACAGCAAUGCCAGUUACCUGCGAGCUGCCCGGGCUGGAAACCUUGAGAAGGUCCUUGACUACCUCAAGACUGGGGUGGAAAUUAAUAUUUGUAAUCAGAAUGGUCUGAAUGCUCUCCAUCUGGCCUCCAAAGAGGGGCAUGUGGAGGUUGUUGCUGAGCUGCUGAAGCUCGGAGCCACUGUGGACGCAGCCACGAAGAAAGGAAACACUGCUCUGCACAUAGCCUCGCUGGCUGGCCAGACAGAAGUCGUCAAAGAGCUGGUCACUAAUGGAGCCAAUGUCAACGCACAGUCUCAGAAUGGCUUCACCCCGCUGUACAUGGCGGCCCAGGAGAAUCACCUGGAGGUGGUGCGAUUCCUUCUGGAGAACAGCGCCAGCCAGAGUAUGGCUACGGAGGAUGGCUUCACCCCGCUGGCGGUGGCCCUCCAGCAGGGCCAUGACCAGGUGGUCUCCCUGCUACUGGAGAACGAUACAAAGGGCAAGGUGCGCCUGCCUGCCCUGCACAUCGCCGCUCGCAAGGACGACACCAAGGCCGCGGCCCUGCUCCUGCAAAACGACCACAACGCAGAUGUUGAGUCCAAGAGUGGAUUCACCCCCCUCCACAUAGCAGCACAUUAUGGCAACAUUAAUGUGGCCACGCUCCUGCUGAACAGAGGGGCUGCGGUGGACUUCAUGGCUCGGAACGACAUCACGCCACUUCAUGUGGCGUCAAAAAGGGGGAACAGCAAUAUGGUGAAGCUGCUGCUGGACAGAGGGUCCAAAAUCGAUGCAAAAACCAAGGAUGGCCUAACACCUCUUCACUGUGGGGCGCGGAGCGGGCACGAGCAGGUGGUAGAAAUCCUACUAGACCGGGGAGCGCCGAUCCUGUCCAAGACCAAGAACGGCCUGUCGCCGCUGCACAUGGCCACUCAGGGGGACCACCUCAACUGCGUGCAGCUGCUGCUGCAGCACGACGUGCCGGUGGACGACGUCACCAACGACUACCUGACGGCGCUGCACGUCGCCGCCCACUGCGGCCACUACAAGGUGGCCAAGCUCAUCGUGGACAAGAAGGCCAACCCGAACGCCAAGGCUCUGAACGGUUUCACUCCGCUUCACAUCGCCUGCAAGAAGAACAGAGCCAAAGUGAUGGAGCUGCUGCUUAAACACGGGGCAUCUAUCCAGGCUGUCACCGAGUCUGGUUUGACGCCGAUCCACGUGGCGGCGUUCAUGGGCCACGAGAACAUCGUCCACGCACUGACCCAUCACGGGGCAUCGCCGAACACCACCAACGUGCGAGGAGAGACGGCGCUCCACAUGGCGGCCCGGGCGGGCCAGGCGGAUGUAGUCCGAUACCUGCUGAAGAACGGCGCCAAGGUGGAGACCAAGUCGAAGGACGAUCAGACGGCGUUGCACAUCUCCAGUCGGCUGGGGAAGGUCGACAUCGUCCAGCAGCUGCUGCAUUGCGGCGCCUCCGCCAAUGCCGCCACCACCUCAGGCUACACCCCGCUUCACCUGGCCGCUCGCGAAGGACACCAAGAUGUCGCCGCCAUGCUGCUGGAGAACGGCGCCUCGCUCUCCUCCUCCACUAAGAAAGGGUUCAGUCCUCUGCAUGUGGCAGCUAAGUACGGCAAGAUGGAGGUGGCCAGUCUGCUCCUACAGAAGAGAGCCGCACCUGAUGCAGCCGGAAAGAGUGGGCUAACGCCACUGCAUGUAGCCGCUCACUACGAUAACCAGCGAGUGGCUCUGCUGCUGCUGGAUCAGGGAGCUUCCCCUCACGCUGCCGCCAAGAAUGGCUACACGCCUCUCCACAUCGCCGCCAAGAAGAACCAAAUGGACAUCGGGACCACGCUGCUGGAGUACGGCGCCGACACCAACGCCGUGACGCGGCAGGGCAUCAGCCCCAUUCACCUGGCGGCGCAGGAGGGCAGCGUGGACCUGGUGUCGCUGCUGCUGGCCAAGAGCGCUCACGUCAACGUGUGCAACAAGAGCGGACUGACACCCCUCCAUUUAGCAGCCCAGGAGGACAAGGUCAACGUUGCAGAAGUCCUUCUCAACCAUGGAGCUGAAGUCAACCCACAAACAAAGAUGGGUUACACGCCGCUGCACGUGGCGUGUCACUACGGCAAUGCAAAGAUGGCAAACUUUCUGCUGCAGAACCACGCCCGAAUCAACGGCAAAACCAAGAACGGGUACACUCCCCUCCACCAAGCAGCUCAGCAGGGCCACACCCACAUCAUCAACCUGCUGCUUCAGCACGGGGCCUCGGCCAACGAGCUCACCGUGAACGGGAACACUGCCCUCUCCAUCGCCCGCCGCCUUGGCUACAUCUCUGUCGUGGACACACUGAGGCCCAUAACGGAUGAAAACCUCAACACCAUGAAUGCAUCAGAAAAACAUAAAAUCAACGUCCCGGAGACAAUGAACGAGUUCCUCGACAUGUCAGACGAUGAAGGUGAGGAUGCGAUGACCGGGGAUACAGACAAAUACUUGCGGCCUCAGGACCUCAAAGAACUGGGGGAUGACUCUCUCCCUCAGGAGGGCUACAUGGGUUUCAGCAUAGGAGCCCGCUCAGCCAGCCCUAGAAUCAGCCUCCGCUCCUUCAGUUCGGAUAGGUCCAACACGCUCAACCGGAGCUCCUUCGCCAGGGACAGCAUGAUGAUCGAGGAGAUUCUCGCCCCCACGAAGGACACGCUUCAGAGUGUCUGUAAAGACAUAUCCUACUUGGUUGACCCCCUCAAUAAGCAUCUUGCUGUGACCAGAGACUACAGUUCGGAGUGUAUGCGACGGUAUAGUUGGACUCCAGACACGAUGGACCACAGCCACAACACUGUGUCCAGCCCCAUUCACUCCGGCUUCUCCUCCCCGCUCCCUCAGUAUGACUCCAGGUUCUUGGUCAGCUUCAUGGUGGACGCCCGCGGUGGCUCGAUGAGAGGCAGCCGCCACAACGGCAUGCGCAUCAUCAUCCCCCCCAGGAAGUGCACUGCUCCCACACGGAUUACCUGCCGCUUGGCCAAAAGGCACAAGCUGGCCUACCCCCCUCCCAUGGUGGAAGGAGAGGGGCUGGUGAGCCGGCUGGUGGAGGUCGGACCGGCUGGGGCUCAGUUUCUUGGGCCUGUGAUUGUUGAGAUCCCCCAUUUCGGUUCAAUGCGAGGGAAGGAGAGGGAGCUGAUCGUGUUGAGGAGCGACAACGGUGACACGUGGAAGGAGCACCAGUCGGACUCCAGACCGGAGGACCUCACUGAGCUGCUGGCUGGAAUGGAUGAAGAGCUGGACAGUCCUGCUGAGCUGGAGAAGAAGCGCAUUUGCCGCAUUGUCACCAGAGACUUUCCGCAGUACUUUGCUGUGGUGUCGCGGAUCAAGCAGGAGUCGAACCACAUGGGUCCGGACGGAGGCGUGCUGUCCAGCAGCACUGUGCCCAUGGUCCAGGCCUCAUUCCCACAGGGGGCGCUCACCAAGAGGAUCCGAGUGGGCUUGCAGGCCCAGCCUGUGCCGGACGACAUGGCGAGGGCGGUGCUGGGUAACAGAGCCACCUUCAGCCCCAUCGUCACCGUCGAGCCCAGGAGGAGAAAGUUCCACAAGCCCAUCACGAUGACCAUCCCCGUCCCGCCCCGGUCAGCAGAAGGCCAUCCCAGCGGACACCGGGGCGACUCCGCGCCGUGCCUGCGUCUGCUCUGCAGCAUCACAGGAGGGACGUCCCCGGCGCAGUGGGAGGACAUCACGGGAACCACGCCGCUCUCCUUCGUCACCGACUGCGUCUCCUUCACCACAAACGUGUCGGCCAGGUUCUGGCUCGCAGACUGUCACCAGAUUCCUGAGACGGUGAGUCUAGCGUCUCAGUUAUACCGGGAGCUGAUCUGCGUGCCAUAUCUGGCCAAGUUUGUGGUUUUCGCCAAAAUGAACGACGCCGUCGAGGCCCGGCUGCGCUGCUUCUGCAUGACGGACGACAAGGUGGACAAAACCCUGGAGCAGCAGGAGAACUUUGAGGAAGUGGCCCGGAGCAAAGACAUCGAGGUUCUGGAGGGCAAGCCCAUCCACGUGGAUUGCUAUGGCAACCUGUCUCCCCUCUCCAAGAGUGGGCAGCAGUUGGUUUUUAAUUUCUACUCCUUCAAGGAGAACAGACUCCCCUUCAACGUGAAGAUCCGAGAUAUGGGCCAGGAGCCAUGUGGACGCCUCUCCUUCCUGAGAGAGCCAAAAACCACAAAAGGCCUUCCACAGACUGCCAUAUGCAAUUUGAACAUCACACUGCCAACCCACAAGAAGGAUAUGGAGUCUGAUCCUGAUGAUGAGACUGAAAAGCCAGAACGACGUCAUACCUUUGCCUCCUUAGCUUUGCGUAAGCGCUACAGCUAUUUGACCGACCCAGCAGCGAAAACAACUGAUCGAAGCUCGGCGAGAACACAGCCUUCUAGCUACCCUCACAAACCUGUCUUUUCAACGAGAUCUUAUCAGGCGUGGUCGCCUGUUCCUGUCGCCGUCGCUGGCCAAACCAAAUCUGGUUUUGGGUCCCUCUCCAGUUCGUCAUCCAACACGCCCUCUGCCUCUCCAUUAAAGUCUGUCUGGUCCAUCAACUCUGCCUCCCCAAUCAAGACCAACAUUCCUGGAUCACCUGCCUCUUCUGUAAAGUCAGUUAGUGACUUAGCGUCCCCUAUCCGCUCUUACAGAACCAUCUCCUCUCCUAUAAAAACUGUAGUCCAGCAAGCCCAGUACCCUGCCCAGGUCACCCCGAGUCCCCUGGCUUCACCAGGGAAAAGUGCCCCAGAUCCUUUAUCUAUGAAAGGAUUAGCAGCGUUGUCUGCUAGGACGUCCCCUAUAACUGUCUCAGGAGGAGGAAGCCCUCUUCUAGAGAGAGCUUCCAUGAACAUGACCCCGCCAACAUCUCCCAAGUCUUCUUUGAGUAUGUUCAGCUCACCCCUGCCAUACAAAACCCUUAUGGGAGCCUCGAGUGGCACAGCAUCCUCGUCGCCAAUAAAAACAGUUCCUGGUCUCUCCUCAGUACGUUCCUUUGCGUCUGAUGCUACCGGCUCUGCAAGAAACUUAUUCUCUUCUCUCUCAUCGCCACUUAAAUCCAACACCCCUCCAAGUGCUGCAGCUCUAAUCAAUGGAACUGUGUCACCUGCACAGUACCGUUCUUCAUCUCCAACAUCUCUUCUCACCAGCAGUCUGCAGGAGAGAAUACAGGCAACUACCAACGCUGCAACUACAAGCGUCAAUGCUGCCUUUGACGAGGUUGAAAAAACCUUUAAUUCGUGCUCUGCGGGCUAUGGUACCUUGAAAUCUAUGUCCUCCUCUGCAUCCUCUUCACAUCAGUCUAUAAGAUCAUCGGCUUCAAACUCCCUCUAUGCCUCUCUAAGAUCCCCCUCAAAUGUCACAACGGCUGUAACAUCGAGUACAAUGACUGUUCCAGUGUACUCAGUUAUCAAUGUGCUGCCAGAGCCUCAGUUUAAAAAGUUACCUGAGGUGUCUAAGUCAGCUGCUGCUCUUCUCUCUCCGAGAAAGACUCUGCCAGCUGAGGUCAACGCUCAGUUGCAGUCCUCUUUUGCUCGAACUCUUUCCCCUAUCAAAGCCCCUGUUUUUUCUGCUGCUCUCAAGUCAAACACCACAUCACCACUGUCAUCUAGCCAAGAGAUUCUGAAGGAUGUAGCCGAGAUGAAAGAGGACUUGAUACGAAUGUCAGCUAUUCUGCAGACAGACCCAAACUCCACAGCCAAUAAAGGCUUUCAGUCAGAUUCUCCGAAAGAACCAAAAAUGGAGGAUGAGGAACCAUAUCGGAUUGUAGAGAAAGUCAAACAAGACCUGGUAAAAGUGAGUGAAAUCCUUACGAAAGAUUCCGUCAAGGAUGGUAGAGGGUCCCUGGCCAGGAGCUCUUUGGAUGACAUACACUUCUCAAAAGUGCAAGUUGAACAACCACCAAGCAACUGGAGCUAUCCACCAAGAUACGAGACGGUUGUUCCUCAAGCCAAACCCAAAACAAUACCUGAUAGAGAUUUCAAUCUCUCCAAAGUGGUUGACUACCUGGCCAAUGAUGUUGGGAGUAGUUCUUACUCCAAAAUGCAUGACAACAAACAUAAAGCAGAUGAGGGCAAGCGAGAAGGAGAGGGCAAGGAGAAGCAGAAACGUGUCCUAAAACCCACUAUAGCAGUUCAGGAACAUAAGCUCAAAAUGCCCCCAACAAACAUGCGGUCCUCACCCUCAGACAAAGAGAUCAGUAAAGUAGCUGACGCUUUGUUUGGAGCAGAUACUGUUCUUGAAUCUCCCGAUGAUAUCUCACAUGAACAAGAUAAAAGUCCCCUCUCAGAUAGUGGUUUUGAGACCAGGAGUGAAAGGACACCCUCUGCCCCUCAAAGUGCAGAAGGAAUGGGCCCCAAAGCCCUAUUUCAAGACAUACCUGUUCCACCAGUGAUCACGGAGACUAGGACUGAGGUCGUCCAUGUAAUCAGGAGUUAUGAACCCCCGGAGGAUAACAAACAACCUGCAAUGGAGGAUGCGCAUCCUGUUAGAUAUAUUGAUUCGGAUUCAAAAGGGCACCCGAACCAAAUGCCAUCAGCUCCAGACCAGAAUAAAUGCUAUUCAAUAAAAGUCAGUCCUGAUGAGGAUCCAAUGGGAAAAGGAAUGAGAGUCAAGGAGGAAACUCACAUCACUACCACCACCAGGAUGGUAUACCACAAGCCACCUGGCAAAGAAGCAGCAUCAGAGAGGUGUGAGGAAACUAUGUCAGUACAUGAUAUAAUGAAAGCUUUUCAGUCAGGCAAAGACCCCUCUAGAGAGCUAGCAGGACUGUUUGAACACAAGUCCAGCAAUGAGGAAACAUCACAAAGAGUUCUUGAGGACAUCAAUUCCAAACCAAAAGUUGAAAGAAUAAUUGAAGUUCACAUCGAAAAGGGAAAUAAAGCUGAGCCAACAGAGGUUAUCAUCAGAGAGACAAAAAACCAUGGAGAGAAGGAAAUGUAUUACUACCCAGGGAGUCGACAAGAAGAGGAAGAACCUGAGGAGUCACUUCCUGUGUACCUCGACUCCCCCAGAGUGAACACACCCAUGUCACAGGAAGAAGACAGUCGUCCGAGUUCAGCCCAGCUCAUGGCCGAUGACUCAUACAAAACACUGAAACUACUUAGUCAGCAAUCUGUAGAGUACAAUGAGGAUGAAUCAUCAGAGCUUAGGGGUGAAUCCUAUAAUUUUGCUGAAAAAAUGUUACUCUCUGAGAAAUUUGACCAAUCCCAUUCUGACACUGAAGAAUAUCUGAGAGACAGGUCUCGCUUUCACUCACCUGACAGAAGCAGUCACAGUGAGGGUAGAUCACUUGGGCCUAGGACAGAGUAUGUGUUUCGAUCAUCAAGAAAUGUUUUUGACAAAUCUGGUCGAAUGGCUAACGUUGACGAUAACUUUGACAAACUGACACUUUUGCAGUAUUCAUCUGAGCCAGGCAGUCCAAAGCAAUCCGUUUGGAUGCGUGUGUCAGAUGACACACAAAGUAAGGACAGACAGCUUGUGUAUGAGGACAGAGUGGACAGGACGGUAAAAGAGGCAGAGGAAAAAUUAAGUGAGGUGUCUCAAUUCUUUCGAGAUAAAACAGAGCAACUCAAUGAUGAACUUUCUUCGCCUGAGAAGAAAUCUCGCAGACCAGACUUCAGAGAAUCACGUUCAGGGCCCAGUUCUACUCACAGCAGUCCAGAGAGAUCUGCUUAUAGUGGUAUUGGGGAAGAAUGGAGCAGAGAAAGGCUUCGAGACAGGUUCAGCUCAAGUGACAGGAAAUGUGCCAGUUUACCCAGCAGUCCAGAGAGAAGAGUGUUGCUGCAGUACACGGAUUCAGACCAAAGGAAACCAGCAGAUUGUAAGUCACAGGCAAGCACAGGGGAAAUCUCCAAACCUUUUCAAAUGUCUUCCUCCAAAGUCAGUGCAGUACGGCUAAAAUUUGAGCAAGAGGCUCAGAGGCAAGAUAGGAGUCCUCAGGGUGGCCAAAAUCAAAAUCCUCCUAUCAGAAAACUGCAGGAAAGCAAGCUUCCUGUAUAUCAGGUAUUUGCAGGUUCUGACACACCCAAAACACCCAGUAGUCCAGGAACCCAGAGGAGAGGAGCGGAGUCUGAAUCAAAAAAGUUCUCACCCAAACAUGACCCCAGUAGAAAAGAUCAGGAUGACAAAAAGUUAUUCAAAACAUGGGAAAGCCAAGGGUAUGGAAACUACAAGCCCCAAUCCCCCAAACUACCUUCAUCUUUAAUACAUGACUCCAUGAAAGAUAGCAAUAAUAGUGAUUCCCAAAGACAAGAAACAACUAAGAAAAUAAUCUACACAGAAUUUGUUGUCCGGGAAAGUCCAAAUAGCAACGAUAGUCUAAAAAAAAACUUGGAAUCACAAAUUCCUGUAAGAAAGCAGUCUAAUUUCUCAGAGAAUAGCAAAUCCACCUCUUUAAAAUUUGAUACCUCUAUUGAGCAACAUGAAAGGGCUGGGUCUCAUGUGCCUACUUUAGCUAGAAAUCGGAUACACAGUAGCUCUGAAUCCAACAAGUCUACUCGUGGAUCAUCAGUUGGAAAAUCCACAGACUCAUCAGAGGGUAGCCAGUCAAGUGUAGUGUGCAAUGGUGUUGACGCUGAUCAAAUAGAGUAUUUGGAUCAAGUAACUCCGGUAGUUGUCACCGAGGGCUUUAAAGACAUUAAACCCUUACCUGUAUAUGUCAGCAUCCAAGUGGGAAAGCAGUAUGAGAAAGAAACUGCCUCGGGGCAGCUGGGAACAUACAAAAAGAUCGUAAGCCAUGAGAGUAGAACAGUGCAUGAGACUAGAAGUGGCUUUUACACUGUCAAACAAAAGCAGUCUCCAUCUCCUCAAGGAAGCCCAGAAGAUGACACUCUAGAACAAGUGACUUUCAUGGACAGCUCUGGGAAAAGUCCUGUUACCCCCGAGACCCCCAGCUCAGAGGAAGUGAGCCUGACCUCCAGAACGCCUGACUCUGUGAUAGGCUUCAUGCCUGGCAUGCCAAGCCCUAUUCCUGAGGAGUCUGAGGAGGAGGACGGAAAGACAUUCAUCUACAAAGGACCCUCUAAGGAAAAAUCAAAGCCAACCCCCUCAGAGAGUCACAGUAGAAAACAGGAUGGAGAGAGGCAAAAGUCAAAAGACAAAAGAGUGGCCUAUAUAGAGUUUCCUCCCCCUCCUCCUAUCGAGGCAGAGCAGUCUGAUCCUGAAAAGAGGGGUUCGUGUGCUUCUUCUGAAGCAGAGACAGAGAUGAUGGAGGUAAACCUCCAGGAGGAGCAUGAUAGGCACCUCUUAGCUGAACCAGUCAUCAGGGUCCAACCUCCAUCUCCCAUUCCCCCGGGAGCUGACAACAGUGACUCUAGUGAUGAUGAGUCUGUCUUUCACCCCAUUCCUAUCAAAAAGUACACCUUUAAGAUGAAAGAGGAAGGAGAGAAACGUCCAAAACACAAAAAAUCUGAAAAAAAUGGAAAUAAGGAUCCUGGACUAAAUGGUGUAGUAAAGGGAGAGGAUGCUGACUUUGAACAAAAUGGCAAUGACCAGUCAAUCACUGACUGCUCAAUAGCAACCACAGCUGAAUUUUCCCAUGACACGGAUGCAACUGAAAUAGACUCUUUAGAUGGGUAUGACCUUCAGGAUGAAGAUGAUGGACUGAGCGAGGAUCCAAAAACAUCAAGUUUGUCUAACGAUGGAAAAACAGCUGACCGCUCAUUCAGCCAGUCAAAGCUUGAAGUAAUAGAGGAAGAGAAAUGUGAGGAAGGAGGGGAUAAUGGAAAAGCAAAAUCUAAUGCAUCUUCGGCAAAAAGUGGUGGUGAUGAAAAGGAUUACACUCUUGAAGGAAGACAUCCAGAAAGGCAGGGCUUUGGGGAAAGUUACUUUGGCUACCAACUUGAAGACGAGUUGAAUUCAACCUUUAAAACUGUUGCCACCAAAGGUUUGGACUUUGACCCCUGGUCAACAAAAGGGGCUGAUAACGAAGGGGUUUUUGAAUCCCGAGCAAAAGAGGAUGAUCCCAAACCCUUUGGCUUAUCAGUGGAGGACAAAUCACAGGCUACAACACCUGACACAACUCCUGCUCGUACACCAACUGAUGAGAGUACACCGACUAGUGAGCCUAACCCCUUCCCUUUCCAUGAAGGGAAGAUGUUUGAGAUGACCCGCAGUGGUGCUAUUGACAUGAGCAAGCGGGACUUUGUUGAAGAGAGGCUUCAGUUUUUCCAGAUUGGUGAGCAUUCCUCUGACCCUAAAACAGGGGAAAAGGGGCGAGGGGGAAAGAUCCUGGGAGUACUCUCCUCUCAGUCAAAAACAGGGGAGAGAUCCACAGUAGAUGGGAAAGUGAAAGUUAUAGAUACCACCACAGACAGCAGCACUACACCAGCAACAACUACAGCAAAAUGCAGCCCUGCACAGCCUGGCGGUGACACUGGCUAUGCUGGUACUGAUGCCUCCGCCUGUGAAGCCAUAGCUGAGACUGCCUCUUCUUGCACAAUCACAGCCUCUAAGGUUGAUUCCAAGUUACGCACUCCCAUUAAGAUGGGCAUAGCUGCCUCUAUAACCGUGAAGAAAGACUCAGGGGAUCUCACUGAAUGCAAGGCUGAGAUUUCAGAGGGUCAGAUGGUACCAGAGUACAUUAGCAUAGAAGGCCAAGGUACAGAGAACAAGUCUAGAAGUCACACAGAGCCCAAGUUAGAAAGAAGAGAUUUCCCUUCUGAAAACUGCAACAACAACAAUAACCUCGAGUCUUCAAGUGUUCAAGCCAACUACAUUCAGUGUGGCAGUGUAGUGUUCAAUUUGCAGUCUUCAUCUGAGCCCACUCUUCAGAAAGCUAGCAGGAUAGAAACACUGUGCUGUAGAGAAAUAGAAGAACGAGCUGAAGUCCACAAAAGCAGCGAAGCACAGGAGCAGAAAAGUGAAACUGUUAAAGAAAGUGAAGUGAAGCAACCCAAGUCCAGACUCCCAGUUAAAGCAUCAGGGUGGUCGUUUCACACGCAGGGAACAGCAAUAGGCAAGCAGAAGCCCAAGCAAGCAGUAAGAGUUGAGGUCAAAAAGAGAGGAGAGCCAGCCAUAGCUAAGGUAGAGCCCAGAUCGAGGAUACCAAUCAAGGAUGUUAAGAAGAGCAGCCCUGCCACCACAACUAGCUCACUUGUUUCCGUUCGGGUUACCUCACAGCCAGUAAGGACAUUGGACACCGAGCGAGCAACCAUACAGUUGCCCUCAAGACUGCCCCUGAAGGACAGACAUCAGGUCACAAAUGAGGGAAUGUGUAGCCAGAGCAGACAGGAGAACCCUAGUGAGCUUUGUAAGCGCACCAUCGAAUAUUUUAAAGGCAUUAGCGGGGAGACGCUAAAGUUGGUGGACCGCCUGUCAGACGAGGAGAAAAAGACGCAGACAGAGCAGUCGGAGGAAGACAGCACCUCCCGGAGCACCUCUCUGUCGGACGCCUCCCAGCCUUCCCAGCCCUCCCAGCCCUCCCAGCCCUCCCGCUCAUCCAGGUCUGGUAGAGGUUCGAGGGCUGAGGCCGGGGCCGCGUCCGUAAGGGCAAAGGUGGCGACGACGGACAGGGCCUCCGGCAGUGAGAGGAGCAGGAGGAGUAGGCGGACUGGUGGGAAGGAGGGCAGUCAGGGACUCACAGGGUCUCGAGCGCCUCCCAUCGCGGAGAUCAAGCCUAGCCCCCAAAGUCCGUGUGAACGAACAGACUUGCGGAUGGCUAUUGUUGCCGAUCACCUGGGGCUCAGCUGGACAGAGCUGGCUCGGGAGAUGAACUUCACAGUGGAUGAGAUCAACCACAUCAGACUAGAGAACCCCAACUCCCUGACAGCACAGAGCUUCAUGCUUCUUAAGAAAUGGGUCAGUCGAGAAGGGAAAAACGCCACAACGGAUGCCUUAACUGCAGUGCUGACCAAAGUCAAUCGGAUGGAUAUUGUGACUUUACUGGAGGGCCCUAUAUUUGACUAUGGUAACAUUUCAGGCACAAGAUGUUUUGCCGAUGAUAACGCUGUUUUCCGGGAUCAGGCUGAUGAUUAUCAGAGCAUUCUAGCGGAGCUGCAGUCCCCCGCCGCACUGCACUCCGAAUCACACUUCCUGGAGCCCGAAAUCCCCGUCACCCCCAACCCUUCCCUCGCCCACCACCAACAGCACCAUUACCCAGAACCAGACACCCCCCUGCUGGCCGACACCCAACCUCAACCCCCGUCCUGGAGCUCCGAGAUAGAGCCUGGUAGCAGAGAGCCUGACAGUCCUCCUAGGAGCCCCCCUCGGCCCUCCGAGCUCGACCUGUCUGUCCCAGCCUUUGAACUCCCCGAAACUGCCCCCCCUAAGGUCAGAAAGCCGCACAUCGCCGUGAACGAUCAGCUGCUUCUGAGCGAGGAGGAAGACAGGUCUUUUCACGAGAUGGUGCCGACGCGCAAGCCCAAGUCGUUCUCCUUCCCCGCGAUGUGCGAAUUAGACGUCGACAUGGCGUACUCCACAUCUUCCCCUUCACUGUCAUCUGUGUCAUCCAUUACCCCUUCAUCGCCCGAGAGAGCACAAAUGGGAGACGGAGGAGCGCAGAUGGGUGCUCUCAAUGGGACACAAGAGGAUGUCGUUUUGAAAGGAGGGGAAAAGGAAGUGAAAGAAGAAAUACAGAAAGUGGUUGAGAUGGUUGCAGCAGAGUUGGCAGAAGGCAACGAUUUGGUUGAGAAGUGGGUAGAGCAGGAUUUGAUUAGAAACGUGGAAAGGAAAUGUGAGAUGAUCACGAAAGAUAGGUGCGAACUGGGAGGGCAGAGUGACAUUACAGUGCAAGAGAAGGAAGAGAAAGAGGAGCCGACUGAGCUGUGUAGCUUCAUGCAGGAAGGGAAAACAGGAGCAGCGUGUGAGGUGCAAGAGGCAAAAAGUGUGCAGAAUCUGACAGAAAUUGUGCAGGAAGUUGAGAAAACUUGUAUACCAAUGGAAGCAGAGAGCAUGGAAGAGUUGGUUGACGAGAAACUCCAGGCCCAAAAGGUUGACGAGGACAACGUGGAACAGGCCUACCGGUGCGACAGAGUGGAUGACGCAGGGGAAGAUCUGGAGUUUAAGGAUGAAGGACUGGGUGUCAGUGAAAGAGAUCUUUGUGGGGCAUCAGAUGGAGAACUGGCAGCUGAAGACCAGACUGUAGCUGACCUCUCCCCCCAGGCCUGGGUCGAGGCUCUCGGCCAGCUGCAGCCCAGUGAGUCUGGAUUCAAUGAGGAAGAGAUGGGAGACAGAGAUGAUGAUGCUGCAGAAGACGCACCGGGAUUCUUUUUUGAGGAGUUGAAGAAGGAAGAAGGCUCAGAGGAAAAGGAGGAGAACGAAGAGAUCACCGAGUCCAGGGUUGAAGAGAUUCUCGCAGGGGUCGAACAGGCAGAAAAAGACCUGUGUUCACUUUCAGGUUGGCACAGUGAUUCAUCCAGCGUCAACGUGGAGCCGCCAACGCCGGGUCGCAGUGUCAGCUCGGACCUGCUUGACAGGCGAGAAAGCCAAGAGAACUCUAGUGACUCCAUCACGUCCUCAUCUCGGGCAGAAUCAGGGAGGUCCCGGCAAAACGGCGACAACUCAAAGCACUCACCUCAGGACGUCUCGUCGGAAUCAUCCAACGGCAAAAAGGAGGAAGGAAAGCUGGUGUCUGAGAAGAAAGUCCAGCGGGUUAGUGUAGAUUCUGGUUCAGAGGAAGAACAGACCGUAACCACAAGAAUCUUCAGACGCCGUCUCAUUUUAAAGGGUGAAGAAGCGAAGAACAUCCCGGGAGAGUCUAUGACUGAAGAACACUACAUGGACAAAGAUGGUAACCUCAUCAGUAGAAAAGUGAUCAGGAAGGUUAUCCGUCGGGUUACAAGUCCCACUCCAGAAAGCCAGGGAGCCGACAAGUGGCACCCAGACCUUCAGCUCAAUCCCCUUCUGCAGGAAGAUUGGUCAGAGCCAGGAGAAGGGUCAAGAAAUAGCAGACGAAAAGAUGACAGAAGAUCAGGGGACAAAAAGCACCACUCAUAGGGAUAACUGUGUUCCAUCAGCUGUGCAGGAACUGAGCUCAGUGUUUCCUGGGAACAAGACUUCAAAGGGCUGGAGGGCUCCAGAGUGAGGACUUGAAGCGAAGGUCCACUCCCCAAAACUAUCUGCUCCGAACAAAUGGUUUUUCCAGAGGAGUCAACCCUUCUGACUUAAAGCAUGAGCAUGAAAAACUCACUCCCCGUCAAUCAGAGGACCCGGGAGCUUCAGACUGAGGUGGACCAGUGGACAAUGAUUCUGCUUCCUAUUUGCUGUGAAACAAACACGUGCCAUCGGUCCACCAGUGCUGUGAGAGCUUUUAUCGAGGAGCAUCUUUUUUUUUUCUUUUUUUCUUUUUUUUUUUUUUGUGAGGGACGACAAAGACUCUGCUACCGACAACCACACAGGUGCAACUGUGACCAAAGAUGGCACAAGAGCUCAGAUCCCCGUGGUGUGUGGAGAGAAGGAAGUCGACACAAUAACACACACAAAAUAAAAGAUGUUUUGGAACACUUCUGAUCCAACUUCAACACUCGCCUUAUAGUUUUUUCUUGAACCCAUUGUUGUCAGGAUGUAAAUUGUUUCGGGAUUUUUUUCCUUCCUUUUUAAAACUUAAACUAACACGAAAGCUUUUUUCUGUACAUAAAAUUGCGAUAUGUAUAAUUCUUUUAAAAAAAAAAAAGCUAAGUUGCUGAGUGGGAAUGCACUGAGGAGAGUGACCUUUUCAAGUGCUUUCAACAUUUGCUGAAACAGUUCCUCUUUUAAAGAUUUGAGUGUGAAUUCACAGGUUCUUGUAUAUUUACUUAUUAUUAGAACAGGUAUAAUGUUUGUAUAUGAAAAAAAAACAACAAUUCUGGUUUGAUUUUAACAGGGGAAAUUUCCAGAAAAUCAAAUUCCAGUAAUUCCCAAAGUGGGAAUGAAUUAAAUUCUGCAAAAGCAGCCUUUCAGAGUUCUCAUAUUUUCAUGCAUGCCGUUCACAUUAUUUUAAGUACAGUUUUUACAAGUUUGCAAACACUGUAUUCAAAUGACAAAUGAAACCCUUUAUCUCUGCACAUAUAGCCCCUAACAUUUGUCACUGAUUUUAUAGUUUAUUUUCAUUUGAAAAAGGAUGCCAUUAAAGCAUUUAUCACGUGGGGGUGCGGUUCUAUAGGUUGUCGAGGAUGUGAUGUCUCGUCCGUCUGUGUAAAACUGGAGGGCAGCUUCUGCUAAGAGAGCGAAGUAAUCUGAAUGUACAUGCUAGUAGGCUGGCUCGCUGUAAAAUUAUACUUGUAUUGUGCAUAUUGGCUAUAGGGUGUAGGAGUCUCUGUACACUGUUAGACUGUUUGUAAUCAUUUUAGCAGUGUGUUGAUUUGGUUUUCUAACAGCUGCUGUGGUAUUAAAAGGAAAACCGGGGCAUUUCACUUUGGAUUUUUUUUUUUUCUUCUUCUUCUUUUGAGGAGGGGUUGAUGCUUUUCCUUAAUUUAAAACCCUAUUCACAUUAAGGACACAUAAAGACAUUAUUUGAUUGUAGCUCUAAAUAGCAUAUUGUAUGACAAAAAACACUGGAUGGUCAAAAACAAUUAUUUAAGCAUUGAAUAAAUUGUGUUUAACUCUGAAACUGUGUGAUCUCUUUAGGCUUGAGAGUCUGUAUAUGCAGCGUGGAAUAGAAAUGUUUUCACUAGCUCACUGAUGACAUUUGACUUUACAUUUGGGGGUUAUCUUUGUAUUGGUUUUCAUUAUAGAUGCCCAUGUAGUUCAAGUGUGAUGUUCUACUGGCGCGAUGGCUCACUAUGCCGACGUCUAUGCUGUGGACAUGGAAACUAUGUGACUUUUUCUUUCUUGGGGAGGGUGGGGGGCGUUUAAAGGACGUCAGGUUGGGUGCUGUACCACAUCCCCUCAUACUACUAUGUCAAUCAGGGGGCAGAGGAUCCUUUGAUAUGGUUGAACUAUCAAUUUUUUGUCAAUUUUGUUUGAUAUGUGUUUUCACCUGAGCAGAUUUUUUGAUGUACAAUUCUUACUAACAAGAGUGAAGCCAUUGAAAUGUAAAACUAUUCUAGCACUUUGGUUAUUCAAGGUCUUUUAGAGGCUAUAGCAGCAAUGACACCAACAAAUGUUUCAGACGUCUUUAAAAAAAAAAACAACCUAAAAAUAAAAAAAAAAUAAUAAAAAGGCAUUGAUUUCGCAGCGCA